ACCCUUCUUUGACAGAUUGCCCAAGUCCCAAUUACUUUAUAAAUGGCCACAUGCGAGUCUUUAGAAAUAUGCAAAUUAAACUUUAUGGUGUAUACUUUAGAAUUAUAAAGAGAGAGGGGCAAUUGAGCAGGUAAAAGAUAUGUUAAGUCUGAGGGAUUGGAAGAUAAUUUUAUCAGCAAUUUUGUUGGGAGGGAUAGGGUUAUUGUUUCUACACCUGUACAAUGUUUUGCUCUUGAAACCAAUGAGGUUAAGAUCAAGGCUCCAAAAGCAAGGGAUUAAAGGACCUUCUCCUUCAUUUCUGUUGGGAAACAUCACUCAAAUAAAGCAGAUCCAACAAGAAGCUGCAACUGCAAAAUGCCAACAAAAUGUUGGUAUUUUGCAUAAUUGGCCUUCAACAGCUUUUGCAUAUCUUGAAACGUAUAGAAAUCAAUAUGGACCGAUAUACAUGUAUACGGUUGGAAUUAUUCAGAUAAUAUGCAUAACGGACAUGGAUUUGGUGAAGGAAAUAAACCAGUGCACAUCUUUGAGCUUAGGAAAGCCUUCUUAUCUGUCUAAAGAUCGGGGGCCUUUGCUCGGCCAGGGCAUUUUAACAUCGAAUGGCCAACUUUGGUCACAUCAAAGGAAGGUCAUUGCUCCUGAAUUAUACCUUGACAGGGUUAAGGGCAUGGCAAAGCUCAUGGUGGACUCUACCUUGUCGUUGGUAAAAUCUUGGGAGGGUAGAAUUCCAAGCGAAGGUGGAAUUGCAGAAAUUAGAGUGGAUAAGGAUAUGCAAAACUUGGCUGCAGAUGUUAUUUCAAGAGCUUGUUUUGGUAGCAGUUACACCAAAGGCCAACUAAUAUUCAACAAGUUCGAAUCUCUCUUGGAAGUAAUGUCCAAGAGAACUGUUGGAGUUCCUGGAUUGAGGUACUUACCCACCAAAAACAACAGAAAGAUAUGGAAAUUAGAGAAAGAGAUUGCAACAAUGAUACUACAAGUAGUCAAAGAUCGAAUUGAGUGUUCUUCCCAUGAGAAGGAUCUUUUGCAAAUGAUAAUUGAGGGAGCUAAAAGUUGUAAUGACCACAACGGCGUCCCCUUGAAUAUUUCUUAUGACAAGUUCAUAGUGGACAACUGCAAGAACAUAUACUUUGCUGGACAUGAGACCUCUGCACUCACAGCAUCAUGGAGUUUCUUGUUAUUAGCUCUAAAUCCGGAAUGGCAGGAUCGUGUCCGUGCUGAGGUGGUCAGAGUUUGUAAAGAUGGCAAUCCAGAUGCUGAUAUGCUCCGAAGCAUGAAAUCCCUAACAAUGGUAAUCCAGGAGACAUUGCGCUUAUACCCUCCAGCAGGUUUUGUAUUUAGAGAAGCAUUAGAUGAUAUCAAGUUCAAAAACAUUGUGAUUCCAAAAGGCAUGGGCAUCCAGGUACCAAUUCCACUGUUACAACAAAACCCAGAUCUUUGGGGACCUGAUGCUCACGAGUUUAACCCAGAAAGAUUCGCCAAAGGAAUAAGUGGUGCUUGCAAGAUACCACAGGCUUAUAUGCCAUUUGGUGCAGGACCUCGGGCAUGUGCUGGCCAACACUUUGCCAUGACAGAACUGAAAGUGAUAAUAUCUCUUGUUCUAUCAAAGUUCAGCUUUGCACUCUCCCCAAAUUACCACCACUCCCCCACGAUCAGGGUCAAUAUAGUGCCUGAAAAUGGAAUUACUCUCCAUAUAAAGAGGGUGUGACGAUGUUGAUGUUUGUGACUAUUAGUUUGAAUAAUGAUCGAACGGAUGUUAUAGAAUGUGUGUGAUUCUUGAAUAGCAACUUAAUCAUCUUUACACAAGAAGUGAAACUACAACAUUUGCCAGUCAGAAAUUUCUCUUCCUAAAUACAGAUACGAUUUUAUGAGAGGGCUGUCACGUUGCAACAUUUAUACGUUAAACCUUCUAUAACAAAUUCUAUACAAUA